GGCAAGGAGUAUAUCUUCAUUUUGACCACCUUGAUCCAUUGAUUGUGGCAUAUAACGUUAUGGCAACACUGAGUUUUUUGCAAAAAUCAGGGGAUGGCAGUGAAGACAGUUUUCCCUGAAAGCAACGUUUGACUAGCAUGUGUUAAGCAUACAGCUACCGCUUCCUUCUGAGCCAGGAUCAAACUUAGAUUUUGACUAUGGCUGAGCCAAACUGUGGUAGAAUGAGCCUACUACCAAACAUUGGUUGUGUCUCCCCUAACCACUCUUAAAUACAUAUGGUUUUGCGUGACAUUGCGAUGCUAUUGCUGCAAAAUUUGAACCUGGAAGUGAAAACUGAACCACAGGCCCCAUGCGAUUCAAUUUUGCCCAUGUCGUCAUGAUUUCUUAUUUGAACCUUAACAUUACUUGGAGCAUGCUUCCUCAGUCGGCUGUACCCCUAUGGACUACAUGGAAUCAGUCAAGGCCGUCCUGAGCACGAUCCCGAUUCACCAGCUCCGACGCCCCCAAGAAGACCAUCAAGGCGCUCGAGAAGAUCCAGCGAGGCUUCCUGUGGGCCGGCCGCGCCGAGGCAAAUGGCGGGCACUGCCAUGUUAACUGGCAAUGCGUCGCUAGGCUGCUCUCGCUCGGCGGCCUCGGUGUGCGCGAUCUUGCCCGAACCAUCCUCGCGCUCCGCACAUGAUGGCUAUGGUUCAGCCGCACGGACAACACUAGAGCGUGGGCUGGCCUCGACUUGCAGUUCACCGCCGAGUAGCGUGCAUUUUUCUUUGCGUCCACCACCAUGGAAAUUGGGAAUAGCAUGGAGGCCCUCUUUUGGGAAGACCGAUGGAUCAACGGGCGAUCCAUUCGCGAGACUGCGCCGCUCCUAUAUGCAUGCAUUCCCAAGCGCCGCCACAAACUCAGGACCGUCGCCGAUGGGCGCGGGACAUACACGACAUACACGACACGGUUGGCAUCCAUGAGAUCGGGCAAUACUUGCAGCUCUGACACACAAUUGGCCGCACGAUGCUCUCCGUCGAGCCGGACCGCCUCUCUUGGAAGUGGAGUCUCCGUGGCGUCUACUCCGCCAAAUCGGUCUACAUCGCCACUUUCAGUGGCUCCACGGGCUGCGCUGCAUGGAAGCUCACCUUGAAGAACUGGGCGCCUCCGAGCGUCCGAUUCUUCCAUUGGCUCGUCCGCCUCGACCGGUGUUGGAUGGCAGACCGCCUCGCCCGCCGCGGCCUGCAGCACCCCACGCGAUGCCCCCUCUGCGACCAGGCCCCGAGACCAUGCACCACCUCAUCCUCGCCUGCCCCUUCGCCCGGUAGAUCUGGUACGAGGUGCUGCACUAGCUCCGUCUCCUGCGUCUCGCCCAACAGCGAGUCCUCACUCAGCGACUGGUGGCAAAUGGCGCGGCAGUUCACUCCAAAACCUAUGCGCAAGGGCAUUGCCUCCGCGACCCUCCUCGUCCCAUGGAUGAUUUGGAAACACCGUAACGAUUGCGUCUUCAACCGAGGACGGCCCUCGGCGAAUGACCUGCUUACAAAGAUCAAGGAUGAGGCUGCCCUCUGGGCCAGAGCAGGCCUCUAGGGCUUCGCGCCAUCGUACCACAAACAUGGGACGUUCACUGAUGUGCUCAUGAGCAUUGUAACUGCCUCCUACGAGGAAUGCAAUCCAAACUCUCUUUCUUUAAAAAGCAAUGAAAGGCAAGCUCUCUUGCGUUUUCUCAAGAAAAAAACUACAUGGAAUCCCUAAACACAACCCCCCCUGCCCCCUCUCUUGUGUGUUCAAAAUAUACUUAGACUGGUACUCCGAGGAUGCUUGGGAACAUUUUCGACCCAAAACAUCUCCAACAGAAGCCCAUCCUAAACUCAUUACAAAAUUGCAAAUCCUGGAAAUGUGGUUGCACCCUAAGAGCUUCUCCAACGGUAGCCCCCAUUUUCUGAGGCUUCAAAAUUUGACAUCACUCCCAUUUGUGAGCACCCAUUUUCUUUUGCCUUUACAUUGACGUACAUACAGGACCCACAUGUCAGUUGGCCAGUUUUUCUUCUUUUCCUUUAUCUUCACUUCCCGUGGGUCAGCGCCCUGAUGUGGCAGGGCGCGGGGUGUAGGGGUGGGGUGGAGAUGGCCGGAGGGAAGGAGGCAGAGCGUGGGCGUGGCGGUGCAGAGGGGAGGAGCGACAUAGAGGCGGAGGCGGGCUGACGAGAAUGAGGGCGGAGAUGACGAGCUUGGCGGCAUAACACCUCAGGAAUGGUUCG